GGUUACCGCUGACAAACAUUCGGGUUUGUUUAGAGCGUUACAUAAAGUUUAUUUCACAGGCGAAUUAUGCCUAAAUUCGGCAUAAUUUCGGACUGUUAGACUUGGACGAAGGUGAAAAUGGGUCAAGUGACAAACUUGAUUAAAAACGUUCUCGUCAGAACAAUCGUGGAAGCGAUAAAGGUGAAUCAUUCGAACAAUUUAUCGCGUUGACAAGCGGCAUCUUUUCAGCGAACCACUCCUCGAAGUACUCUAUAGCGACGAGCUGAAAUUCGUUUUGAAGUCCAUAAUUCGUCGCGUCAUGGAAGUAGAAGAUGGGUUUUUCAAGGAAGAAAUUUGCACGCUAACACCAGAUGAGCUAUUCGACGCCUUUCUUCAAUCUUCAGGUCUCGGUGAUACCCUUGACGUUUUCCGAAAACUUUGCUUGAGUGUCGAUGUCAACCCUCGCAAUCACAAGACGUGCUACGCUUCUCUCAAGUCCAAAUUGACUUCCUGGAAGUGCAAGUCGCUGUGGACUAAACUGGACAAACGAGUCGAACACAAGGACUACAAAAACAAGCCUUGUGUCAAAAAUAAAGUGCUGAUUAUUGGUGCAGGGCCUUGCGGAUUGAGGACGGCCAUUGAAGCCGCGCUUCUCGGUGCCUAUGUUGUGGUAAUCGAAAAACGCGAUCGCUUUUCUCGCAACAAUGUCCUACAUCUGUGGCCAUUCUUAAUUGUGGACCUGAAAAAUUUAGGAGCCAAGAAGUUCUUUGGACAAUUUUGUGCUGGGGCCAUCGAUCAUAUUAGUAUUCGACGACUUCAGCUUAUUCUUCUCAAGGUGUCACUCCUGUUUGGAGUCCAAGUUUAUCCCAAGUGUGGAUUCAUAAACUUAGUGGAGCCCACUGAUGCUCAUGGCUGGAGAGGAACCUUUGACCCACCCUCCCAUCCUCUCAAUAAAUUUGAUUUUGACAUCAUAGUGGGAGCAGAUGGACGACGGUCAGCAUUAAAGGGUUUCAAAGGGAAGGAAUUCCGUGGAAAACUGGCUAUUGGCAUCACUGUCAACUUUGUUAAUAGAAAUUCAAAGGAAGAGGCAAGGGUGGAGGAGAUUAGUGGUGUUGCAUUCAUCUUCAAUCAACAGUUUUUUCAAGACUUAAAAGACACCACUGGUAUUGAUUUGGAGAACAUUGUGUACUACAAAGAUGAGACACAUUACUUUGUCAUGUGUGCAAAGAAGAAUAGUUUGCUUCAGAAAGGAGUGAUCAAGAAGGAUUUCCAAGAUGCAUAUGAUCUACUUCAAACAAGCAAUGUGAACCACGAGAAACUACUGGCCUAUUCCAGAGAAGCUGCAAACUUCUCCACAAACUACCAGCUUCCCCAACUAGAUUUUGCCUUGAAUCACUAUAAGAAAGAAGAUGUGGCAAUGUUUGAUUUCACCUCCUUGUAUCACUCUGAGCAUGCUGCUAAAAUUUAUGAAAGAAGAGGACGGCGUCUUCUCGCAUUAGUGGUGGGAGACAGCUUGCUGGAGCCAUUUUGGCCAACAGGCUCUGGUUGUGCAAGAGGUUUCCUGGGAAGUUUUGAUGCCGCUUGGACAAUGAGAGGCUGGGGACUGGGGCAAGCACCACUUGACUUGCUUGCGGAAAGAGACAGCAUUUUUCGUCUUCUUGCUCAGACAACCCCUGAGAACAUUUCCAAGAACUUUGAUGAGUUCAGUAUUAACCCGGGCACACGUUAUCCCAACUUAAACAAGUCAAGUGUGUCACCGAACAGAAUAAAACACUUGUUUGAUAACAAGAAUGGGCCAAUUGAUCAACAGGAUGGAUCAGAGCCUAUGGACACUGGCAAAGACCUCAGUACUAUUGAGGGAGGAGUAAAUGCACGAAUGUUGCUGAAAUGGUGUCAGGAACAAACAAAGAAGUACAAGAAUGUAAAGAUCAGUGACAUGUCAACAUCUUGGCGAAAUGGGCUUGGCUUCUGUGCUAUUAUCCAUCAUUACAGGCCUGAUCUGAUUGAUUACUCCUCCCUGUCACCUAAAGAUCAUCUAAAGAACAAUCAGCUGGCAUUUGAUGUUGCUGAAGAGCAUCUAGGCAUUCCCCCACAAAUUUCUGCCAGUGAAAUGGCGAUGAAGGAAGUUCCUGACAGACUGAUGAUAGUCAGCUACGUGUCACAGUACCAUGAAGUGUUCAAGAGUGAGACUCCAGUUGAGAAGACUUCAGAGCAACGUGAGUUCAGAGCCAAAUCUCCUCUGUCAAAGCUGUCAGUGUUGACAAGAGUGUCUCGUCGGACGCAUAAGGAAAAAAGACGAAGUGAAGACACUUUUGACACAGUUCCUAAAAGAAGGAGGCCAUCAGCGUCUAAGGAGAACGAGGUUCCCAUGGACACUUCUGCUCCCGUGAAGGACUCAAUCCAGGCCCCCGCUGUCACUACUGGCAAAGCGAGUAAUCGUAUCAGUGCCCUGGCAGCACAAGUGUUUGGACCUAGUGUAGAUGGAAAGCAAAACAAUGUUCCUUCAGUAAGGGACUCCAGCGAACAGUGUUUCUUCUGUAAUCGCCGCGUGUAUCUGAUGGAGAGGCUAUCUGCCGAGGGGCAUUUCUUCCAUCGUGAAUGUUUCCUGUGCGAGAACUGUGGCUGUACUCUGAGACUGGGUACUUAUUCCUACAUAGCUCCUUCUUCAGACCAGGACAAGGGACACUUUCUGUGUCAUCUUCACUAUGACCAGUUACUGUACAAGAUGCAAGAGGAACCCGCAGAUGAAGAGAGUGUAUCAGCAAAAGACAGACCAAAACUCGUCAAAUCUAAAUCUGCCGCUCCUAACACCUUGUUCAACAACGUCGAGUUUUCCAUCCAACCUGAUGCGGAUGAACCCGUGAGUUUUAAAGCCAAAGGGGAGAGUGGCGCUGAAAUGAACGGUUACCACGAAUAUCGAGAAACAGUCGACGAGGAGAAGGACGUUCGUCAGAGAGAUAGACGCGAUCGUUCCAACUCUUCUGGAAAAUAUCGGCGAUUAGAGGCGCGUCCACUGCGGCGCUCCAGCAUAGCUUCUGUACGCAAGUCUGACGCCACUGUGCGAGAGAGAGGCAAGGGAUACACGUUCAGUGAUGGGCUUGACGAAACAGGAGAUGGCAGGAAAAGAAGUGCUCAGCCGCUGAAGAUACCGUCACGGGAUGCAGUGCGCAAGUUCGAGGCGGAAAAGCAGUUUCGACCGGGCACUCCUGGUGAGACUAUUGACGUCACCAAGGGCAUGGCUGUUGUCGAUAUCAAUAUGGAAGACUCUCCUCCGGCUGAGAGGAAGAAGAAAGGAGACGAAGAGCGACAGAGCGUCAUCGAUGCUGUCAAGACUGCGGCCGCCGGCAAAUCAUGGGCGAAGAGGCAAGACGCCAACGAGGGAAUAGUUCAAAAACUAGGCACGCUGGAGAGGAACAAGGUCAAGUCACGAAGAGCUAUGUAUCCACCAUUAUCAAUGCUUUUCAAUCCUGACGACAAGGACACUCGAGAAACGUUGGAACAAAUUGGUCAAGCGGCAAAUGGAACGGAACGAAAUCCACAUCAAAAGGUGCGUCUUAAAGUGGUGGACAUUUCACUUGAUGAUGACAUCCCUGCUCCUGCUGCUGACAAGAAGGCCCCCGGUCAAGCUAAGCCAGGACCGAAGACAAUUUCUAUGGCAACCAAGAACGAACCAACUUCUCCGCCCAGAUCUCCCACCUCUCCAACAUCACCUACGUCACCGCCGUAUAAAAAGCCUCCUGGGAAAUCCCUUGUGGCUUCGCGGGCAGCAAGAUUGACUAAUUUGAUUGCCAAUGAUUACCGUCCUCUAACAGUGAAAGAUAAGUGGGCUGAACGAGAGGAACAAAAGGAACCUAGCUCCAUUAAAGAUGCCGCUGUGAAGAAGGUUGAAAAAGAGGAAGAACCUGCGCCAGCGGGCAGUCCUGGCGCUCAGCGACGCUCGUUACCCAGAGUUCCUAGUAAGGAAGAACCUUUUCAUUCAACUAAGGAAACCACGAAGAUUGUCCAGCGCAAGCAGACCGGGAGACCAAGGUUCCAUUUUGGCAAAGUUAAAAAAGAAGUGGCCGAAUACGGAAAGGAAAAGAAAACAACGAAAGAGGCAGAAGAUAUGGGAUUUGUGGUGGUGGAUAUGCAGGAUGGAAUUAGCACCCCUGAGAAAGAAGCCAUGAAAAAGACCAAAGAAGACGAAUCAAUGUUCUCAGAGUCGAGUGAAGAGGAACUUUUGGCUGACAGUCCAAAACUUCAGCGAACAAAUGCCAAGCGAUUCGGAAAGGGAAGACGCAAUACCGAGAUGCCAGAUGACAAACUGAAACGACGCGAGCAAGCCAAGAUCCGUAACGCCAUGAAACAACGAGAGUCCAAGCGUUUGCGCAUGGCUCAGUCAAUACAGAGGGAAUUGGAGGAACUGGCUGUCAAGCAAGCUGACCUGGAGCAGGAGGGAGUUGUUGUUGAGAAGGCGAUGAGGAGUGGAAACGUGUCUGGAUCUGAAGAACAACAGCUAAUGCUGCAGUGGUUUAAGCUGGUCAACAGAAAGAACGCGCUGAUACGAUACGAGUCAGAGCUGGUUAUACAAGCCAACUCCAUUCAGCUCGAGGAUCAACAAGGAAGACUGGAGCAGGAAAUCAGAGAACUUCUUAUGAAAGAAGGUCCAAAAAAGGAGGACAAUAGAACCAUACAGAAAAAGACGAAACAACUUGUUGAUAUCGUGGAACAGAGAAACGCAUUAGUUGAACUGUUAGACGAGGAAAGAAAGAGGGAACAAGAAGAAGACAGACUUUUUGAUUCCAUGAUCGAGGCAAAAGGCUUCAUAACGACAGUGUGAAUAAAGAAAAAGAGCUUCUAGGAUGACAUAGUGUUGAUGUUUCUGCUUUGGCACCCAACUGCUCUGUUGUUCAAGUGAAUUUGCUCGCGAAACUCAAGUGUAACUAUAUCGAAAUUACACUGAUUCAUGAGCGAAAGUUAAGAGAGCUGUUUAUUGUAACUUUUCCCUGAAAAUUGAAAGAAAAUGUGGCAUGUUGCUAUAAACGUUAAAAUGGUUCAGUAAGAUGAAAACCUGUUGAAUACCUGUUUGAAACGUGUAUUUGGACAUCAAUAUGUUGUACCUGUAUGGUCUUGUGAUGAGGUCGUGGCAGAUAAUAAUAUGAAUUUUCCUAAGCUGUUACUUGUUACAGAACAAAUGAAGUAACUAACACUCUAGUAUUGUGGUAAUAUCGCCAUAGUGUAGGACCUUUGAAAAUUGAUUUAAAAAUAGAAAAAACUGUUAAACCAUUUCGACAAAUUUAAUGCUGUCAUCUAUAUUACUUAGCCGUAAAAUCUGAAUUAGUGUAAAUACUAGUUCUGAAUUUUAAAAUUAAAAAAAAGUUCUGUUUUUGAUAAUAUUUUCAACUUGCUUUUCUUGCGAAUUUUUUUAUAUAUGUGAUGACAGUAAUAAUUAUUAUGGCUGUAGUUACGUUUAAGUAACUGUAACUUGUUCCAAAUGAUAUUCCUAAUACUGGCACUAACUGCAAGUUAUAGAUGUCUGACGAUCUUCUCAAUCCUUUUUGCCGUGAACAAAGAAAAAGAAACAAAUAUAUAUUUUCAUUGUUAUUGUAAAGCUUACUUACCAAUACCGGUAAGGUCAUUAAAAUUGCGAGAAAAUCAGUUUAUAAGUAGAGUUCAGACUAUGACAUUUAUAAUUACAUGGGAGUUGCACAAACGUGCACUUGUCCGAUUACACUCACGAAAUUGAGAAAGUGAUUGUUGUAUUGAAAUAUGCGCAGAAUUUCAAAAACAAAGAAGGCGAUGGAAACUAAUACCAUUACAUUUUGCUGAAGCAGGCAGUGUUAAAACGCAGCUUAAAUUCCGUUAGUUAAUGGUUUUCCACUUCGCUCUUAGAGAUUUUAUAUUGAAUAAUUUAAAUGGGACGGUCUUCAUCAGAAAAAUGGUAAAUAUUCUCUGUUGCGCGCGAGUGGAAAUUUCAGAGUUUUUUCUUAAUUUGAAAGAAAUUCGAUGUUGAAUGUUUUGUGUUAUUUGUUUUGGUUUGGUUACCAAAGAAUUGCUGAUGACAUACAUGUCGUAAACAAUGAGUUGGGUAAGCGUGUAGAAGUACUUUUGCUUCUGUUAACAAAUCAUUCGAAUUCAAGUUGUAGACUAAAUGUCAACCUAUUCCCACCACCUUACUAAACGUUUUUGCCCGAAAAAAUGCCAUUAAAAGAUACAGGUCAAGCUCGAGGAGUCCUGUUUGGUUUGCAAGUCGUAUUCUUAUUUGAGAAAAUAUAAGUGCUGUAAUUUUAGCAAAAACGUGGAAAAGGGACUCAGUGGGAUAGGCAGAUAUUUGGUACGAAUUAAAUUAUUGUGUAAAGCUAAAGUACAACUUGUAAUAACUGACAAUAAAGUGUUUUAAUUUGCUUAA